AUGUAUUAAAAACAAGAAAAAAACACUUUUUUAAAUAAAACUGAUAAUUUAAUCCGUCUUUUAUCAGGAGCUGUUUCUGGUACUCUCUCUCGUACAGCUGUUGCACCAAUUGAGCGUCUAAUAAUUCUCCGAUAAACCAAAACUCCUAAAUAUUUUCAAAAAUCUUUACUUUAAUCUCUACUAACUAUGUAUAAAACUGAAGGCAUAACCUCCUUAUUCAAAGGCAAUUUAGCAAAUUGCUUACGUAUAGCCCCUUAUUAAUCUAUAGAGUUUUUUACUUUCGAUUUAUAUAGAUAUUAUAUCCAAAAUUUAUUCCAAAUAUAAAAAACAUCUACAUAUAAUACCACAAGCAUGCUCUUUUGUGGAGCAUUAGCCGGUAUGACUGCCUAUACAUGCGUUUAUCCUUUAGACUUAGCCAAAACACAUCUCGCAAUCCAUACAGACAGCAAUACUAGGUACUCUAUUAACCAAAUACUUUCCCGAAUUUAUUAAAAUGAGGGUUUUUUUGGUUUAUAUAAAGGCAUGAGUGCUACCUUAUUAGGCUGUAUGGCAGUCACAAUUACUUACCCGACCGAUUUUAUACGGAGAAGAUUAUAAAUUACUCAAAUAGGUAAUAAUUAGAAAGUUAAAUUAGUAUAAUUUGCAACUAAUAUAGUCAAAUAAGAAGGUUUUCUUACUUUAUAUUGUGGUUUGAUGACUACUUAUGUUAAAAUUAUACCUUCUACUGCUUUAGCUUUUGCAAUAAAUGAAUAUAUGAAAAAUUAAUUUGGGAUAUAUUGA